UCCUGGCUCCAGCUGGUGACGGCAGUGCGACAGUGGCGAAAGUGUGAACUAUUUGAAGCAACAAUCAUCCUGCUUUCCCCGUGGAGCCGUGUGUUUUCAUUUUUUCUUUAUUUUUCCGAGUCAUGCCUUCGCCUUGACCUCCACGAAAAAUGGCAAGCAAAAGGAAGCCUAAUACUGGCAACACCAUGAACUUCCGACCGACGGCAUCGGAGGCCACGAAAGAGACGGCCGCGGGGCGACGGCCCCUGCCCGACAAGUCCUCCGUGUCAUCCGUCCUGGUCGUGUUAGUCAUGCACGUUUGCCGCAAGAUCCUCUUCGUGGACCCCAAGUGGCGCGUGUCCUUCUACGCGGGCGUCCUCUUCAUCGUCUCCUUCAUCGCGGACGUGCUGCCCAUACCUAAGACUUUCCUCAGCAGGUCCGACCACAUUUUAAACCAGUACUUUGUGAAGCUUGGCUGGGGCUGGACGCUCUUCCUAAGCGUGCCCUUCGUCGCGCUGACCUCGUUCACGGUGUGCUGCGGCAGGAGGCAGCGCGUUCUCAAGCAGCUGACUCGCAUCCUGGUGGCCACGAUCAGCUGGUACUGCUGGACCAACCUUUUCACCUACAUCGAAACCAAUUACGGAAAGUGCUACGUUAACAAGCCGGAAGCUUUCGAAACUAAGAGGAAAUGCCUCGAAGGUGGCUUUUUCUGGCACGGACUCGACAUAUCAGGACACGCCUUCAUUUUGGUCUACUCGUCUUUGGUACUGGUCGAGGAAGCGAGGGCAAUCAUCGGCUGGGAUUCGAUAGACGACCUCAUCAGAAAUGAGGAGUUUGUCCGCAACGAAAACGACAACGAUCCAAACAUCGCCCGUCCCCUGCAAGCUCUCACUGAUGCCGAACUGACGGUUUUGAAGAGUUCAUACAAUAAGUUUUCAUCGGCGGUGCGAGGGCUGUUCGUGGCGAUCGCCGUGCUGACGUGCAUCUGGGACGUGAUGCUGUUCGGCACAGCUCUCUACCACCACGUGAUGGUGGAGAAGUUCCUUGGUGGCUGCGUGGCGGUGCUCACCUGGUUCCUCACCUACAAGUGCUGGUACUCUGGCAGCAUGCGUCCCGGCGACUGCGCUCUCUUCAACUACAAGGACUGCAAAACUGCCAAAGAGGCGCCGCUUGGCAAGAGGGUCUCCAUGAGCAGAGGCACGAAACUGCCUGGUCAAGGACCGACUUUCAUGGGUAUGCCGAUACCCAAAGCGCCCGAAGAGCUGAACAAGAACAAAGAGCAGGAGCAGGAACAAAUCAACGCCAAGUGGCUGCCGAGGCGCCAGGACUUCUUCGACAGCUAAUUGAGAACACAGUGAAAUUACUCAAAUCUGGACUGUAAAAUUUUUAUACGACUAUUUAGAAGAAUUUAAUGUUAAAUUUGAAAUUUGUGUGCCUUUUUAAAAGGAAAGAAAACCCUAUACCAAAAACUGUUGCUUAGCUACUUAAUUUAUUGUGUUAUUAUGGAUUGUUAAACUUGCGUUUCAGCUUUGUUUCAUCUUAUCAUUUUGUUUGUUAGUAUAUUUAAUUUCAUAACACCUUCUGAUCAGGAGAGAUAUUAAAAUUGCUCAUUCAUAAAAAA